AUGAGUAUUGGGCCUUUUCGCAAUGAGAAUCCAGCACCCUGUACUUGCCAAAAGACAAAUCCAGCAAACCAGUUCGUGUCAGAAGACGAGAUGGAUGACCUGCAGAAACGCCGGGCAGAAGAGUUCAGACAACACCAGAUCAGAUCAGGUAAAGAAAAUGAUGUUCUUCUUCUCGUCCCGGCCAACACACCGCUCCAGUAUCCGAUGAGAGGAUUCAGAGUAACUCCCAUGAAUAAAACACUCAUUCCUGGUCUAGCACUGCAAACACAAAAGAGAGCGGUUUACAAGGUUUCUCUAAGGGUGCAUAAAGGAGUGCUUUCAGUGAUGAAUGUCCAGGAAGGAGAGCAGGUGGAGGGCCAGAAUGAGCAACAUCUGAGCAUCUCAUCCAGCAGCCUCCAACAGCUCAACGACCUGCUGAGCAGACUGACCUACACCAGCACCAUCUACCACAUCAAGACAGAAGACCUCGCGUACUUCUCUUUUGAGAAUCAUGAGGUCAUAUUCCCGAUUGAGAUCAGACGUUUGUCAGUUCCUGUUCUGUUUGACAUGGGAAAAGAUGUGAACUCUCAGGUGACUGUGCUAGUAAAAGCAUUUCUGCGUUACAAUGAACUAAAUGUCCUCAUCAACAGUAUCCGUGUGAACUACCCAAAAAUAAAGAUCAUUGUUGCUGAUGACAGUCUGAACCCAGAGAAGGUGGUCGGUGACAAUAUAGAGCACUACAUAAUGCCCCCAGCACAGGGCUGGUUUGCAGGAAGAAAUCUGGCAGUGUCGCAGGUCACCACUAAAUAUUUCCUGUGGGUGGAUGAUGACUUUGUGUUUCUCAAUGAGACGCGCAUUGAGAGCUUUGUGAACAUUAUGGAAGCCGUUCCUGAACUAGAUGUGGUUGGUGGUCAGGUAGGAGGAAAUCAGUUUGCCUUCCAGCUGAAAUACGAGGAAGGGAACAGUGAGGAAGGCGGCUGUAUCACGCGUGUAACUCGUACCCAUGCGCCCCUGCCGGGUUUCAACGGCUGCUUCUUUGCAGAUGGAGUCGUCAACUACUUCCUGGGCCGGACGGAGGCUGUGCGGAGGGUCGGUUUUGACCCAUUCCUCAAAAGAGUGGCUCACACUGAAUUCUUCAUUGAUGGGCUUGGAGAUUUAUUAGUUGCCACCUGUAAAGGUCUCAGUAUUGGUCAUCAAAAACACAGUUCCACGAACAAGUAUGGUUCCUACAGGCAUCCUCCCAGAAGUGAUUCACAGGCGAAGAUGACCCACCAUUUUUUUAAGAACCAUCUGAAAUGCAUCAAAUACUAAGGAGCAUUUGAGGUGAAACAUGCCAUGCCUCACACCUCAUUAAUCAUUGGAUGUUUUUUUUUUUUUUUUUUUUUUACUCUACAAAUCAAAGGUUUGGAUCUACUUAUUCACAAGAAAGCUUGUUUUUACCAUGGAAUAAAAAAACUUGCUAUUUUUCAAAAUUCUGAUUUUUUUUCUUCGCUAUUCUGAUUUUACAUCUCAAAAUGUAGACUCUUUUUCAGAUUUUUGGAUUUAAAUUUCUUGUAACUUUUUUUCUCUCAUAAUUCUGAGUCCGUAUUCUUUUUUCUUUUUUUCCCCACAAUUUUUGCCUUUUUUUUUAAUUGUAAGUUUAUAUCACAAUUAUGACUCUUUUUUUAUUUUUCUCUCUAAAUCACAAGAAAAAAGUCAAAAUUAUGAAUUGUGAGAUAGAAACCCAGUAUUGCGAGAUAUAUCCUUGCAAAAAUUGCAAUUGCCUAUUCAAUCUUUUAGUCCAUGGUGAAAACAUGCUUACAAAGUCAUUAAAUCUAUAAAAGUACAGAUGGAAGAAUGAGAAUUAUAUAGUGAACAAACAUAUUUACUAAACUUAAUGUUUUCAUGGUCUGUCAGUGAGAACUGGUUGACUGGGCUUGAUUUUCCUUUCCUUUCAUAUCCACUCCAAAAGGUUUUUUUUUUUUUUUUUUACUUAAUUUAAUUUGUGCAAAUGAAGUAAUGGCCUAUGGGUUGGAUGUUCAUGUGGGUAACUGGUAAUGAUUUCAGGAUAAGGAGGGUGAAAAUGAGUGUUACAUUCCUGUUUUUUUAUAAGUGGAUCAUACACAAUUUUUAUAAGUGAAGUAUAUAAAAGUGUACGCUGCUAAAUAUUACAAUUAUGCUGGGAGUUCAUUUAAUUUUUUUUUUUAAAUGUUAUUGCUUAUUUUUAGAACAUUCAAAGGUAGUUCAUUCAGAAAUAAUGUUCAUAACAAUGGUAGUGUUAGCAAAGUGUUCUUACUUUGUUAGCUGGGAUAGCACAUUAACAAGUGAACUGAAAACAAGUGUUGCAGUUCCUGUGAAUCACCUGUUUACUGUACACACUCUCAGAAUUGUUUUUUACAAAAACUGUCACUGGGGGGAUGUUGGGUGGUACUACCCCGUGACAGUUUUUGUACCAAAUUUUUUCUGAGAGUGUAGGAUUAAACUCAAGUUCAUUUUUGCUUGAGGUAGAAUUUUUUUUUUAAAAUAUAUUUUGAUGGCGUAACCUGCAUAUUACUUAUUUAUAUAAUAGUCAGAUUUGUAUUUUAUUUGAUCAAAUCAACAGGCCUGCAAAGUCAAGUCAAGUCAAGUGACCUUUAUUUAUAUAGCGUUUUAAACAAAAUACAUUGCGUCAAAGCAACUGAACAACAUUCAUUAGGAAAACAGUGUAUCAAUAAUGCAAAAUGAUAGUUAAAGGCAGUUCAUCAUUGAAUUCAGUGAUGUCAUCUCUGUUCAGUUGAAUAGUCUCUGUGCAUUUAUUUGCAAUCAAGUCAACGAUAUCGCUGUAGAUAAAGUUACCCCAAAGUCAUCAUUGUCACAAAUGUCAAAGUGUCAUCGGUUUUUGGUCUUUGCAUGUUUACUGGAACAAUAUUGUCACUAAAUACACUGCAGUGCCAAUAAAGAUUCAAUGCUCUGUUGUCAUUUUAUUUUUUUAGAAAAUUAUUUAUUUGUUUCUAG